AUGCCUCCCUCACUUUCACUUGUUCGGUAUAAGACAGUGGAAAUGGAUUCGAUAAUCCAUGUAAACCUGAAUCACCACCAAAGCCCGAUCAAUAACGCAUGGCCUAUAAUCCUGUUUGUUUGCUUGCCUGCACUUAGUAAACCAGGUCUCUCAUGGAUCGUUCAGGACCAAAUGCAUAUGCGAUGAAAUGCCGUGUAAUAACUGCACUCUAUUGCCGUGGCUUGUCAAGACAAAAAGCCCCACCGGCCGGCGAUGAUGUGCAUAAGGUACCUAUGGAUUGGAUGCCCACCUACUCACCUCGACUUACACGACUGCGCUGAGGUGUGGUCUAGGAUUGAUACGGAGGACACUAUUAUAACGUACCAAUCGCUGACCUGAACUGUACUCACCCUUGAAAUGGGGUCUAUUAUUAUCUUGCAUCAGGAUAUCCGUUACCUAGUCUAUUGGUCUCUACCUACUUACUAGGUAGCUAAUGCAAUGCAAGUCAUGAGCAUUUAUCUGUCACCGCUACUUGUCUUGGCCAUGUUUGCUUACCCCAGAGACUAGUGCUUCAGAAAGCGAUGCUACUACUGUAAGCCCGGCAGUUCUUCGUUGCCCCCUGGGGUCAAUGAUGGGAUCUCCAUCCUGGAUGUGAUGGAUCAACGGUUCCUGAAUCAUUUGAACGUUCGUCGGCAAGGCGCCGCCGCGAACUAUGGACAGCUGCGUGCCAAGUUUCAUCCAGGGAGCUGGAGGGUUGCACAACUUCCUUCGCCACCAAAGUUACAUGCUCCUGGGCAGGGUUAUCAAUGGCCAUGCUACAGAAUAUACCGUCAUGCUCAUGUCAAAGAGAGAAAUGAUUGUUUGUCGGUAUUCUCACAAGGUGGCAGCUGCCCGUUGCUAGUGGUGACCGGUGAGCAACAGUCGAAUCAUGCUGAUUGGAAAUCAUCUCAUUCCAACCUGGGGUGCUGUAAAGGUAUUAUGAUAUUCUGAUGGGCACCCCACGAUGAAUACUUUAUCACAACAUUACGAAAGCAAACCAUCAUUGCCUUGCCAGAAUGCUGCAAUUUCCCCUGGUUCAUGAUUAAUUGGUUACCAAAUUAACAUUUAUUUGUACUCCCAAGCUUGACCAUGUCUCACAGAAAGACCUUUUCGACGAGACCUUGGCUGCCGGUUCAUGCUCGAACUGCGGAAGGCUCAGUAUCAGGAUCCCAUCGCGGAUCCAGGAGCAGCAUCCGGCAGAGGAACACCGCAGAGGGUCCACUUGUUGGUCAAGACCUCCUUUUUGCUUAAACUCCAUACAAUUCGAGAUUAGCUCUUGUUGUUGGGUUUGACAAGAUGCUCAAUUGGGAAACCAGAAGCGAACAAAUCUGGCUCACCAGCCCAAUUUGAAGCAAAAGACGGCUAUGCGGUCCCGAAGAAUCCAGCAGGUAUUCUCCGGCAGUGCCUCAUGCCAGGAGUGUUGAUGAAAUGAAUAUUGAUAACUAUAUCGAGAUCUGACAAUGAGACCUGAUGUAUGAGCGGUAAGAAGGCAUGCUCAGCCAGCUGAGGGUGGCGAUAUUGAUCCUGGACAUGUCCAGGCUACUUACAGAGAGCCAGAAAGACUGUUGGUCUGGGGUAGAAAAGCAACCCCCCUUUACAAAGGGAAUAACGUCACUUAGGUGAAGAGGUAUUCUUGGAUUAGGGCACCUAAGAAUUCUUUGAUUACUCUCCAGUUAUUACCAUUCUGGACUCGAGACAGCGGCGCCUUACCUAUGCCAAGGGUCAACAGCCAAGUGAUAGAGUUCCCUCUGCCUGGAUUUGACCCAGCCAACGCCAGUUUUACAAAGCCAUAAGGGGGGUAUAGGGUGAAUCCUUUCAGACAGAUGUUCUUCAUGCCAAAGGCUUGUCCCGAUUAGGAGUAGAAUAGCUUAACUGCAGGGCGGAUUUUGAGGUGGAAACUCAUGUCAAGCAAGCUUCAUUGUCUCUCCUCCCAAGAAUCUGUCUUGAUUCUGCAU